CGACAAACAUCGUUUGUUGUCAGUCAGCACAGCUUCUCUGCAGACAUGUCCUCCUUUGACCCCCGACGUGAAGAUCAGCCCAAGUGUACAAUCUGUCAGGAUGCGUUCACUGAACCCGUCUCCACUCCUUGCGGACACAACUUCUGCAAGGCCUGUAUCACCGGGUACUGGGACAGCAGUGACCGGACACAGUGUCCUCUCUGUAUGCAAAGGUUCUGCAGCAGACCGCAGCUUCGGGUCAACACGGAGUUCAGAGAUAUGGUGGAGCAUUUCAACAGCUUGAUGGUGGCGGGUGGAGACAAGAGCCUCACCAAACCAGAGGAGGUUCCCUGCGACGUCUGCAGUGGACCGAAGUUCAAAGCCCAGAAGACGUGUCUGGUGUGUUCGACCUCGUACUGCCAGACUCACCUGGAGCCUCAUCAGAGAGUUGAAAGGCUCAAGAGGCACAAGCUGAUCAAUCCUGUGUCGAACCUGGACAACAGGGUGUGCAAGAAGCACCACAAGAUGUUGGAGUUCUUCUGUUGCUCGGACCAGGAGUGUGUCUGUCUCAUGUGCUUGAAAGACGGCCAUGUGACGCACAAAGCUGUUCCUUUAGAGAAUGUGUUCAGAGAGAGGAAAGCCUGGCUCGAGAACACGACGUCAGAAAUGACUAUAAUAGAAAAUGAUAAAUUCGUGAGUGCUCAGGAACUUAAAUACUCAGUUCAACGCAGGAAGGAAGAGUCACAGAGGGAGAUCGCAAACAUUGCUGAUCUUUUAGGUGCUCUGGUUGGAACUCUGCUAAAAAAACAGAUGGAGCUGGUUGCGCUGAUCGAGGAGAAGCAGAUAGCAGCCGAGACACAAGCCGAAGUCCACAUAACACGGCUGAAACAAGAGGCUGCUGAGCUGAAGAGGAAAAGAUUCGAAAUGGAGCGACUCUCGCAAACAGAGGACCACCUCCACUUCCUGCAGAGCUGGUCAUCGCUCGGUUUCCCAGCACAUGCUGAGGACCUACUCAACCCCCUGUCCCACUACAACCCUCCAUUUGCAACAGACUUCUUUGACGUCGGUCGGCAGACAUAUGUGGGGAUGGUGAAAAAGUCAGUUGCUCUGAUGGAAAAGACACUCGGUAAUGAGAUGGAGAUGCUUAUUCACGAGGUCAGGCUGUCUGAUGGCUGUGAGGCUGGUGCAGCUGAAAAACCAAUGACAGAUGGUUUUAUUCAGGAAGUGUGGAAUCCGCCUCAGGACAAGCUGAUGAUGAUCCAGCAGUGCAACGCCGUGAACGUGACUCUGGACACCUUUUCCGCCUGUUCCAGACUCAUGGUGUCUGAGGAAGGGAAACAAUUGGCGUUCCGUAAAAGCGGGCUAUGUUUUCCUGCUUUACUCGGAAGAAACUUUGAAUAUCGACCUUUUGCUCUUGCAACAGAUGGUUUUUCCUCAGGCAGGUUCUACUAUGAGGUUCAGGUCAGUGGGAGCAAAUGCUGGCUCUUGGGUGUCGUCAAAGAGUCUAUUGACCGGAUGAUAGUGUCCGAUCCCGUGCCUGAGGAGGGAGGCUGGACGUUAAGUGCAAGGUACACCUUGUUUGACGAGGUAUAUUCUGCGAAUGCCAGCAGCGGUCCUCUGCCGUACGUGUUGCAGAGGCCCCAGACGGUCGGUGUGUUUGUCGAUUAUGAGAAGGGAGAGAUUUCCUUCUAUGACGUGGAUGCCAGGACUCUGAUGUACUCCUUCACAGGAUGCAACUUCACUGAGACAACACCUACACUGAAAUCGUUUCUGUAUUCUAUGGCAGGCACUUCUGUAAGCAGCAGACCAAAACUCUAUCCUUUUUUUGGAAUCUUUGGAGAUGACCCCGACAACAUGCUCAGAAUCACUCCUGUAUGUCACGCAACUUAAGGUGCCACAUAUAGCAGGAGUAAGUAACAUGUCAAUGUUAUUCAGAGAUUUCCUCCUCUCAGAUUUUAAAUGUACAGCUCAGUUUAUUAAUAUGAACGCAUACAUGUGGUAAUCAAUAUAUACGGCAAUGGAUGUAAUAGCAUCACAAAAAGACAAUAAACCUCAGUGUAGUACAUAGAUAUUCUUUAUAUAUGUGUUUUUCAAGCCAUUUGAACUCAUGGUUCCAAGAAGUACAAAGUUAUAUACAUACAUGUUGCAAUACCUCUGUUGUACCAGAGGGUGGCACCAUUGUUCAAAUAAAUGGUUCUGGUCUCAGAGGCUCAAAGGUAUCCAUAUAUGUAUAAAUAACUAAAUAAUAUCUGGACUGUGGCAUCACGGGAAAGCAACUGCAUUUGAGAACCACUUUAAUAAAAUGCUUUUCAGGUAUGAUUUAAUGUUAUAGUUGCAGCUAACAAGUUUGCAGCUGUUAUCCGUGACUAUUCAUGUUUUUCUCAUCGUCUUCAAAAAUCUUUUGUGAUCAGGUAUGUCUGAAUUGAAGCAUACAUUUGUAAAAGUACCACAUGUAAGAUAGAAAUGUUAAUUACGACAUGAUACAUGCAUAGAAAUGUUUCUUUGUUUUAUUUUUGUCAUUAUUUGUGAAUGCCAAGACCAUCAUCUGGCAUAUGAGGUCCAAUCACAUUGGAUUUUUUUCAAUAAAAGAAGCUUUAAAAUUGUAUGUUUUAUCCAUCAUGCACAUGAUCUGUAUUCAACUGUUUAAUAAAAGUGCAUUUCUUUAAAAAAUA